AUGGUUUUGAUGCCUACAGUAACAUCCAUCUACAAUCAGCUACUGUCUAUUGGAAAGGUGGCAAACCUGCUAAGGCUCUUCCAGAUCCCUCAGAUAAGCUACGCGUCCACCAGCGCCAAACUCAGCGACAAGUCGCGCUAUGAUUACUUUGCCAGGACGGUGCCCCCCGACUUCUACCAGGCCAAAGCCAUGGCCGAGAUCUUGCGGUUCUUCAACUGGACCUACGUGUCCACCGUGGCCUCGGAGGGUGACUACGGGGAGACGGGGAUCGAGGCCUUCGAGCAGGAAGCCCGCCAGCGCAACAUCUGCAUCGCCACCGCGGAGAAGGUGGGUCGCUCCAACAUCCGCAAGUCCUACGACAGCGUGAUCCGCGAGCUGCUGCAGAAGCCCAACGCGCGCGUCGUCGUGCUCUUCAUGCGCAGCGACGACUCACGCGAGCUCAUCGCCGCCGCCAGCCGCGCCAACGCCUCGUUCACCUGGGUGGCCAGCGACGGCUGGGGCGCACAGGAGAGCAUCGUCAAGGGCAGUGAGCAUGUGGCCUACGGCGCCAUCACACUGGAGCUGGCCUCGCACCCCGUCCGCCAGUUCGACCGCUACUUCCAGAGCCUCAACCCCUACAACAACCACCGGAACCCCUGGUUCCGGGACUUCUGGGAACAGAAGUUCCAGUGCAGCCUCCAGAACAAGCGGAACCACCGGCGCACGUGCGACAAGCACCUGGCCAUCGACAGCAGCAACUACGAGCAAGAAUCCAAGAUCAUGUUUGUGGUGAACGCCGUGUAUGCCAUGGCUCACGCCCUGCACAAAAUGCAGCGCACCCUCUGUCCCAACACCACCAAGCUUUGCGAUGCUAUGAAGAUCCUGGACGGGAAGAAGUUGUACAAGGACUAUUUGCUGAAAAUCAACUUCACAGCUCCAUUCAACCCAAAUAAAGGUGUGGAUAGCAUUGUCAAGUUUGACACUUUUGGAGACGGAAUGGGACGAUACAACGUGUUCAAUUUCCAGUACGUGGGUGGCAGGUACUCCUACUUGAAGGUUGGCCACUGGUCGGAAACCUUAUCACUGGAUGUUGACUCGAUCCACUGGUCCCGGAACUCAGUCCCCACAUCCCAGUGCAGUGAUCCCUGUGCCCCCAAUGAAAUGAAGAACAUGCAACCGGGGGAUGUCUGCUGCUGGAUCUGUAUCCCCUGUGAGCCCUACGAAUACCUGGCUGACGAGUUUACCUGUAUGGACUGUGGCCUUGGGCAGUGGCCUACUGCAGACCUGUCUGGCUGCUAUAAUCUUCCCGAGGACUACAUCAAGUGGGAAGACGCCUGGGCCAUUGGGCCAGUGACCAUCGCCUGCCUGGGUUUUAUGUGUACCUGCAUAGUUGUGACUGUUUUUAUCAAGCACAACAACACGCCCUUGGUCAAAGCAUCAGGCCGGGAGCUGUGUUACAUCUUGUUGUUUGGGGUCAGUCUGUCCUACUGCAUGACAUUCUUCUUCAUUGCAAAGCCAUCGCCAGUCAUCUGUGCACUGCGCCGACUAGGGCUGGGGACCUCCUUCGCUGUCUGUUACUCAGCCCUGCUGACCAAGACAAACUGCAUCGCCCGCAUCUUUGAUGGGGUCAAGAAUGGCGCCCAGAGGCCAAAAUUCAUCAGCCCGAGUUCUCAGGUUUUCAUCUGCCUGGGUCUGAUACUAGUGCAAAUCGUGGUGGUGUCCGUGUGGCUGAUCCUGGAGGCUCCAGGCACCAGGCGGUACACCCUCCCAGAGAAGCGGGAAACAGUCAUCUUAAAAUGCAAUGUCAGAGAUUCCAGCAUGUUGAUCUCACUUACCUACGAUGUGGUCCUGGUGAUCUUAUGCACUGUAUACGCCUUCAAAACUCGGAAGUGCCCAGAAAAUUUCAACGAAGCCAAGUUCAUUGGUUUUACCAUGUAUACCACAUGCAUCAUCUGGCUGGCCUUCCUCCCUAUAUUUUAUGUGACAUCAAGUGAUUACAGAGUAAGUCUUUGA